CUCAUAUUAGAUAUGCUGUCAGCCGUGGAGUGCAGAUGAUGACAUUUGAUAACAAAGACGAACUGCUCAAAGUUGCAAUGAUCCAUCCAACUGCCAAAAUGGUUCUACGCAUUGCUGUAAAUGAUUUUACAUCCCUGUUGCCCUUGAGUGAAAAAUUUGGAGCAUCACUAAGUGAGUGCAGACAGCUAAUGGAAUAUGCAAAGACUUUGAAUUUGGAUAUCAUUGGUGUUAGUUUUCAUGUCGGAAGUGGCUGUACUGAUCCGAAGAUUUAUGCUCAGGCUAUAGCUGAUGCACGCUUUGUCUUUGAUAUUGGGAUUCAUCUUGGAUUUCAGAUGUAUUUACUUGAUAUUGGAGGUGGUUUUCCAGGAACUGUAGAAGACAAAGUUACAUUUGAAGAGGUAGAACAGUUAUGAUCCCUGCUAAUGUUACUGAUGGACAAGCGAAAUCCCAAAAUGAUACCUGGCUUGAUUGCUUAUAUUUUGUUCAUGCUUUCAUUGAAACAUAAGCACGCAAGGCACACAAAGAAUAAAGAUAAAAUUUAACAAACCAAGCAAUCCAAACACAAUAAAAUUCGAAAGAUUCAAAACACAGAGCAAAAAAAAGUCCAAUUUUUUUACCAUCACUUCAUACUUGAUCAAGAACCUUUUUCUUCCUAUUCAAUCUAUAGAUUUGACUUAACUGCUUCUUCUCACUUCCUGCCCUGUAGAUUGUGAAGUCUUUUUCCAUCAAUACUCCCAUAACUGAGAGACUAAACUUUCUUCAACUUUUAGUUAUUGCAAAAUUCUAAACAAACAUUGCUGGAAUGGAUGAUUCACAAACUGCACUAUUUCACUGGGGGCAUUUACUCUCUUUAACUGCUUUGAACAAUAUUCUUGUCUAGGAUAAACUGCACAAACUUCCAAUCCCGAUCAGGUUUCCAUCAAACUGAACCAAAACAUUUGAACGAUAUCAAAACAAAACUUGCAAAAUCUGGAUUCUGACACUUGGUGUUUUCUCUCUCGUUGUAAACCUCCUCAGUGUUAGCAAACUCCUAUUAACACUGAUGAGAAAGUGAGGACUGCAGAUGCUGGAGAUCAGAGUCGAGAGUGUGGUGCUGGUAAAGCACAUCAGG